AUGAGGCUUUCAAUAAUCGCAGUCGGCGCUGCCAGCUUGGCUGGUCAUGCACUUGCCCAGGCAGAUACGGUUUCAUACACCGAUGCAGAAACCGGCAUUACCUUUCAAUCCUACACGGACAGCGACACCAACGUUUCCUGGCGUGUAGCACUUCCCGAGGAUACCACCGGUGACUACGAUGCCCUCCUCCAGAUCGAAGGUCCAGCAUCCCUGGGAUGGAUCGGCUGGGCUUGGGCGGGAACCAUGGCCUACAACCCGUUGACAGUGGUGUGGGCCAACGACAACGAGGUCAUCCACUCCUCCCGCAUGGCAUAUGGUUUCUAUACACCCUCUGUCUACAACGGCACCACGUACCAAGUCCUCAAGGGCACCGGUGUCAGCGGGGGCAACUUCAAGUUCACCGCCCUCUGCAAGGGCUGCACAGCUUGGAAAGACUAUGACGGCAACCGGCAGACCCUGGACCUCGUGGAGCCUGCCCGUCUCGCCUUCGCCUUGUCGCACACGGCCGUCAACACGCCGUCGGACAGCAGCUCAGGCUUCGAUAUCCACGAUUAUGUCGGACACUGGUACGCGGACCUGGCGGCCAGCAAGUCCGCCGACUUUGGGACCUGGGUGGCGAAGAAUACUCCAACGGGUGCCAACGGGACAGCUUGGCGUCGUGGACGGCCGAAUAGGGCUCGGGGCUUGAUGCCGGAAAUCUAG